AUCAGAUAACUUUUGCAUUUAUUAACAUCGAUUAAUACAGGAAGGAAUUGAAAUGGACUCAAAAUUUGGCUUUUUGGCCCUUUUGUUGGGUGUGGCACAGGGUGCGCCCUCGUUUCCCGUGGCCCUGACAGGAACGAAUUUUACGCUAGUCGGAACUUAUGCCGGAGUCGGGAGGAGUGGAGAAUAUGUUGAAUCGGACUAUAAUGUGACUUUUAAUUCGAAAGUCCCAAUUGACGCGGAGCGGGAUUGUGACGCCGUUUUUGCAGGACUUGGUGGAGGAAAGUUGGUAGAAUUUGGGGAAGUUGGGGAAAUGGAUGCCGUUAACAAAUGGUUGGACCAGUAUGGAGCAGGGCUACUGUACUGGACAGGCGGCGUCUACGAUGUGAAAGAUGGAUACUAUUGGAAAGACAGUAAUGAGGACAUGGCUGUGCCUGUUAUCCAGCACAUUAUGAUUACCACACCGCCAAGAAAGGUGGAUCAACUUGUAUUUUCGCAUGAUUCGGCGAGACGAUUUCACAUGGAGCUCAGACCAAAUUCCAACCCGGAGGCUUACAUUUGCGAAGUCAAGAGACCAGAGUCGGGUAGAAAAUCAUCAAAUCCCAGCCCAACCCCAGGUCCCAGCCCACCAACCCCAGAUCUUAGCCCAACCCCAGAUAACAGCCCAAGCCCGCCAACUCCAGAUAACAGCCCAAGCUCCCCAACCCCAGAUAACAGCCCAACCGAAGAUUAUUGGCCCAGCUCAACCCCAGAUCAUAGCCAAACCCCAGAUGACAGCCGAAGUCCGAUCCCUCAAGCCAUGAGCCUAACCGGUGGUAGACGCCGAAUGCAUGGGUGAUUUUACAUUGAUUGCCAAUGUAAUAGUCUUACAUAGGCAAUCUUACAUAGGCAGAAAACAUGUCAACGCUUCAUUACCAAAAUUCCGAACCAAUAACAAAAUGAAGACAUCAUUAGAACAUAUUUCUAAAACGUGUUGUUUAAUAAACAAAUAUUAUGGUGCACAGCUAGAAAAA